AUGGUUAAUGGUAAGCUUGCCAGAGAGGUUAUUCAAAUUCAUUGGAGCCCCCCUACUGCUGCCAGAUCCAAAUUGAGUGUAGAUGGAAGCUACAAAACUACUUCUUGGAAGAUCACUACAGGUGGUCUAUUGAGGGACUCGCAUGGUUCUUGGAUAUGUGGGUUUUCUGUUAAUAUUGGAAUUGGAAAUAUUGCUAAGGAUUGCAAGUCUCUGCAAAACUGUGAUUGGAGUUACAAGAUUUCUCAUGUUUAUAGGAAGCAAAACAGAACUGCUGACCAUCUUGCUAAUUUGGGUUAUGAAUUAACUUUUGGGCUUCAUAAUUUUGAGUUAGCUCUGACUUCUAUUUUGAACAUCUUAUUGGACGAUGUGCUAGGAAGGGCCCUCUAG